CAUUUGUGUAAUUUCUUUACAAUUAUUUAUUUUCUGGUCUUUUUUUUAUAUAUAAUUUCUUUCCUGGUCUUGUGCUGUUCUGAAGUUGAAAAAUGGCGAAGGAGCCAGAAAAAGAAAAGGAGAGAGGGAGAGAACCUAAUGACGAAUGUGACAUAUUUUUGCGGUAGCUUGGAUUUGGUAUAAUGUCGGCUCGACUGUAGUAGUGUAGUGUUAUUUGGCGCGUCAAGGUGGAAGAGGGGAGAGUGAUUGAUACUUUUGCUUACAACAGCGGGUGGGGAAAAUAGGAAGCAGAUAGCUGUCGUCAUCGAAAAUGGCUGCCGCAGCUUCUAUCGCUCAUGCCACCAACUUCCGUCUUCCCUCUGCGACGACCAAAACCAGCAAAGCCGUGGCAGCUCUUCCUUCUGCUUCCUUCAUUAGCUUUGGCGCCACUCGAUCGCCUCUUCCAUCGACUAAUUCAAUUGCUAGAUUGUCGUGUUCUAGGAACAUAAUUGCUCCCCGAGCAUCAGAAACCACUGCUGCUGAGGAUGGGAGUUACUAUGAUAUGGAUGCAGUGCCGACUCCCAAGGUGAUAAUCGACCUGGACUCUGAUCCAGACGCAACUGUUGUUGAGGUUACCUUUGGUGAUCGCCUUGGAGCACUUGUGGAUACGAUGACAGCACUAAAAAACCUUGGACUAAAUGUAGUGAAGGGUAAUGUUUUUUUGGAUUCUUCUGGGAAGCAUAACAGAUUUGCCAUCACUAAAGCUGACAGUGGUAGGAAGGUUGAAGAUCCAGAGCUCCUUGAGGCAAUUCGCUGUACAAUAAUUAACAAUCUACUCAAGUAUCACCCAGAAUCAAGCAGUAAAUUAGCGAUGGGAGUCUUCUUUGGUGCACAACCACCAAAUCAGCAGGUGUUCUAAUUGGUUUUUCUUUUUCAAAUAUUACUUUGUAAAAUUUCUGGCCAUUAUCCCUUCUCUGUGAUGUUCUUUUCAAGAUCUGAGUCUUGGGGUAAGCAGUCACAGGGCACCAGCUAUAUUUCUACUUUGUUACUGGGGGAUUUCUUUCUUGUGAUGUGACCAGACUUGCUAAGACUUAUGUUGCAAUUAUCAGGUAGACGUGGACAUCGCAACCCAUAUAACCAUCUCAAAUGAAAGUCCUAACCGAAGCUUAUUGAAUGUGGAGACAGCUGAUCGCCCUGGUUUAUUGGUGGAUCUGGUGAAGGUCAUCAAUGACACCAAUAUCGCGGUUGAAUCAGGAGAGUUUGACACCGAGGGUUUGUUGGCCAGAUCGAAGUUUCAUAUCAGCUACGAUGGCAAAGCUGUCCCCAAGCCUCGUCAACAGGUUCUUGCUAACAGCUUGCACUACUUCUUGAGGAGGCCAGCAACAGAGGACUCCAGCUUUUAAGCCAGGGGAAGAAAAUUGUGGCAGAUUGGAGGGAACCAAGCAAACCACCACUGUAUUUUCCUCUGUUAUCUCUUGAGAAGCCUGUAUCUUUGUGGUAAACCAUCCAACUUGUUUGUCGUGUCAUUUGAUCGCUAAAACGGGAACGUAAACUUCAAUUUGAGCCAGAGUUCCUGCGAUCGAGCUUUGGUUAGUACACUGUGAACCCUCCGACUAGGUUGAAGAAACCCUUUCCCCGGCGGUGAAGGGUAAACAAAACACGCCCUUAUCGUCAUCAUCGAUUUCUUCGCCCAACUCUGCAUCUCUCUGAAAAUAACACACCAUUUUCCCCAUGCUUAUCAUGAGUGUAAACUCACAUGGUGGAGUUCUUGCCCUACCCGCGCCCACUCACUUCCUCUUCGUUUACGUACGAGAGAGAUUGUAAUGAUCCAGUCCUUCGAUACCGAACUAACUACGAUUCUUUUAGGGCCUUCGAACGAACGUCCUGUUUCUGACCAAAACAGAGUGGAGUGGUUAUCUGGUUGGAAGGGAAGGGGGACGUGUAGUGCAAGCAAGUCGACAAAGCGACGAGGCGGAGCGUAAAUAACUGCAGCUGCCGGGUUCAACCAACCAGAUUAUAGAUCAGAUUACGAUGUGUUUGGACCUGGAACUGUAGAAGAUGUCUUCCUCAAAAUCAAUGCGCUGCAUUCAGCAACUGCAGAAAUGGCGGAAAGCAGAGAGCCUUUUAAAGCCUUUUGUUGUAUACGCGUUGCCGACUUCCAUCCACCACAAAUUUGAUCCAAACAUUGCAUGAUUGAUUGAUUUUUUAUUGGCAGCCAUUAUGGUGAUAUAUUAAAUCCAUGGCGGCGGCGGCGACGAUGAGUGGGAAGCUGGAGGCGGAGGUGGAGCUGCAUUGCUCGCCGGAGAAGGUUUACGAGGUGUUCAGAAAGUCAGGCCACGAACUCCCAAGCCACUCCCCGACUCACAUUCAGGGCGUGCAGGUCCACGAGGGCGAAUGGGACGCUCAUGGCACCGUCAAGUUCUGGAUCUACACUUGCGAGGGGAAGAUGGAAGUGUUCAAGGAGAGGGUGGAGUACGACGAUGCCAAAAGAACUAUGAAGUUGAAUGGGCUAGAGGGGGAUUUGAUGAAGCUCUACAAAGUGUACACUUCGAUCUUUGAAUUUGUGGCCGGCGACGGCGAGGGGAAGCAGCAGGGGGCGGCGAAACUGUCGAUCGAGUACGAGAAGCGGGAUCCGAGUGUGCCGCCUCCUACCAAGUACAUGAACAUCGUUGUCCUCUUCGUCAAGGAGGUUGAUGCAAGCCUUGCUAAAGCCGGUUGAUUGAUGGAGACAUCGAUCGUCAAUUUCAUAUCGAGUUGAUAUCUAUCACGCUUCUCAAUAUACGUAUGCAAUGCGAUCAUUACGCUUUCUUUAUCCAUGGUGUGCUUCUGCUUGCGCUCGAUUGGAUAUUGUGUUUCCACACAUCAACUUCUGUGUAUCUUAAUUCUUAUCUAGUGUGUUUUACUUAAAGUAUGGUCAAUCAAGACUCAAGAGUGUGCUUGUAUGGACGUUGGAUGCAAGGGUUUUUUAUCCAAAAAAAAAAAUACUAAAUAAAAAAGA